GCCACAUGGCCACGCCCAUUCUAUUACCAUCUCCGCUAUCAGCAACGCUGCUAGCUGUUAGCUUGUUAUUGUUUCUGCUGGAAUUUAGCGGGUCCUGCGUGUCAUUCCCUUUUCUCCCCACCAUGAAACUUUAACGCUGCCCGACCACUGCAAGAGCCACACGGUCAAAGCUUAAAUCCAGGAUGUGCUCCGUGGUCGGAUGUGAUUCAUUUCGCCGCGGCGUUCACCGGUUCAAGCUACCAGAGGACCCGGAGAGGAGGCUGGUGUGGGUCCAGUUUCUGUUUGAAGUCAACGGGCAGCGACUCAAGGAGUCGUCCUGGACCGAUAUCACUAUUUGCUGUGAACAUUUUACGGACGACUCCUUUGAAAGUCUCACUCCGGGUACAGACGGGGUGCAGCUAAAGCCCGACGCUGUCCCAUCACUGUGUGUCAAGUCAGAGCCAGAGGAUCCUGUGGAGAGUCCUCAAAAUGUGGUGGAGCCUUUUAGAAGCACAGAAGUUGCUCUUCAGUGUGAUGAUAUUAAAACCUGUGAUAGUCCAACAUCCUACACUGAGAAUUCUCCAACUUCAGUGGCUGACUCAGAAAGUCCGUCGCAGAGCCACUCUUCGAAUUCUUCAACGUCCGAUUAUGGUGAGAUGAUUCAGCAAAUUGAAAACAUCGACACGAUCAGGAAAAAAGCGGCGCUUCUUCAGAUGAAGGGGAAGUAUGUUGUAAAUGAAAAAUGGCUCAUACAGUUGUUCAGCUGCCGGUGUCCUUUGUGCGGCUCCAAAGUAAACGUGGAGAAGGUGAUCUAUGGAAUGCUCCUCGUCUUGAAAAAGCAGUGCCUCAAGUGUGACUACAAAAACCUGUGGAAAAGUCAGGUCAACGCUCGAAUCCCAAAGGGUGGAGGCGCGGCAGCGUCGUCAGAGAGAACGGUACCGUCAACAGGUGAUGAUCAAAAUAGCAACACGGAUGUCUCUGAGACAGACGCGACCAGUGACGAGGAGUCCACGGAUGAAACGGAAGAAUCGGGAGAAUUGGAGCUGGACAACGACUGGAAUCCGGCCAGCGACGGUUCCACGCACAACGAGCUGUGCAGCGAAUCCGACGAGGACAGCGCGUAUGAAAAUGGCGAUUAUCUCUCAUUCUUCCCCCAACACAGCGAGCUCUGCACGGACUGUGGAAAGUUCUACAAUAAGCGAAAGGGUCACACGUGUGAGCACAAAAUCCGGCCCUUUUCCUGCAACAUUUGCGGAAAGCGGUGCGUCAGCGAGGUUGCUCUAAACUCUCACAGCAGGGUGCACGAUGAGAACUACGAGCAUCGCUGCAAGUACUGCCAUGCCACGUUCAAAACGAAGGGGGACAAAGUCAGCCAUGAGGAGGUCCACCAAACCGAAGGAAUGCCCUACAAAUGUCCGGACUGCUCGGAGACGUUUGCCACGAACAAGGAGCGCAGAAUCCACCUGGAGGAUCACAGAGGCCCCAAGCAGUUGAAAUGUCACAUAUGUGGGAUGGAGUUUAAUCGCUCCACUCCCCUUCAGAGACACUUAGUCGUUCACACAGGAGAGAGGCCGCACAAGUGCUCGGUGUGCCAGCGUGGCUUCAACCAGCCGAGCCACCUGAAGUCUCACAUGCGCCUGCACACGGGAGAGCGGCCGUUCAAGUGUCAGCACUGUGACAAGAGCUUCAAUCACAACGUGAGCUUGAAGAGUCACGUCCAGCGGUACCACACGCUGGGGUCUGGAGAGGAACAAAAGACGGGGAAAUUGAACAAAAGCAAAGUUGCCAAUGGUGGUGCUCAGGGUAAUGGGAAAAAAAGAGGUGGAGAUUCCGGACUACGUGGUGAACAGGGACAGAGGUUUAAAAAGAGGAGGAUAUAUUUGCCCAAAAAGAAAAAGAGGAGCACAGGAAGACCCAUCGGGAGGCCUAAGAGAAAUGUACAAGCAGAGAAAAUCCAAGGACAGGGUUCAGGCGCGAACGCCGGCAAAGUUAAGAUGCCGAAGCUAAAGAGAACACGUUGCCGCGAUCAAGAAAAGGAGGGUGAGCCCAUUGAAAGUGACAUAUACUUUGACUCAGCAGAGGAGGAGCUACAGGAGAUGGAGGAGCUGGAGGAGCUGGAGGAGGGGGAAGGAGAGGAACGAGAGGGCGAUUAAGAACACGGCGAAAUGAUUUGACCCAGCAGGAAAAAAGAAAAAGAUGCACAGCAAUCAAGGCAUUCAAUGAGAGCUCAGGGAAGUUCCAGAAAAAGGACCAGGACUGGUUACUGAGUUAAAUAUGAGGAUGUGUGCUCAAAGUUUUUAAGUUUUCUUAAAAGGUUUUAUUACUGUCAAACACGUAAUUUUACUUUGAGAACUAUUUGUUAUCAGAUCAAACUGUUUAAAGGUGAAACUCA